ACGCCAUAAAGAGAAUGAAAAUGAAUGAGUUCUCUCCCAUGUAUAAAUUUGUCGACAGAUUCUCUUUUUUCUUGCAUCUCAUCGUUUCCAAUUUCCAAUUUCCAUCCUUGUUGUGUUCCUCUCUUUGACUUCCCCAAAACACACGUAUUACGUAUAUACAUAUACUAUUCUCUGUUGUAGAACUUGCUAGAACGUUCAUCGGAGAUGGCCUCGCCGCUGGAAGAGCAGCGAAAUCGAGAGGAUUCGCCGGAGACCAAAGAAAUGUUACAUAAGACGAAACUAAUUCAAUUUUUGGGGAGGAAUACUCCGAUUAUCCUUCAAAACGAUAAUGGACCUUGCCCUCUCCUCGCUAUCUGUAAUGUUCUAUUGUUGAGAAACAAUAUGAAUCUGAGCUCAGAUGUAGGUGAAGUGUCACAGGAGAAAUUGCUUUCACUAGUGGCAGAGAGGUUAAUCGAUUCAAACAGCAAUGUUAAUAAUAAAGAUGCAGGGUAUGUUGAAAAUCAGCAACAAAACAUAGCUGAUGCCAUUGAUUUACUUCCCCGAUUAACAACUGGCAUUGAUGUCAACUUAAAAUUCACAAGAAUUGAUGAUUUUGAGUUCACAAGAGAGUGUGCAAUAUUUGAUUUAUUAGACAUCCCACUUUACCAUGGUUGGAUUGUUGAUCCACAGGAUUUUGAUACUUCUAGUGCGAUUGGGUUAAAGUCGUACAAUACAAUAAUGGGAGAACUCGUUGCCCUUGAAACUCAAAAUGUGGCAAAUGACAUAAAUAACCCUGAAGAAGAUUGUGUUGAUUUUGUAGCUGCAACAACAGCAAGUUUAGGUGUCCCUUCACCAUCCCUUUCCAGAGUUAAAUCUUUUGAUGAUUCUCCCCAUUCUGUUUCUGAUGAGAAAAAGGAAAGAAAAGGUGACCUUCAAGAGGAAGAAGAGCUAUUAAAAGCUUUGCAGCUAUCAGUGACCAACAGUCCAACUACAAUUGAGAGUAAAACUGAUUCCGAUCUCAAAACUCCGGAAUCAGUGAUUCCAGAGAAAGUACAUACUGGUGCUGAACAUGAAAAUGAAAAAGCCUUGAAGCUAUCAGAGACUGAAAGUCUAACUACAGCUGUGAAUGACAUUGAUUCCGAUCCCAAAAAGCCGGAAUCAGUGAUUCCGAAGGAAUUACAUACUGUUCCAAGUCAAGAAGCUUGUUCUUCUUCACAAGGGGAUAAUGAUAAAAUCCAUAAUACUGGAGAUGAAAAGAUACAUCAUGAUGAAUCAGUAAAGGGCAAUGAUGUAAAUGUAGAAGGAAAUGUUGAAAGUGUUGGUGAGACAUUGGAUGAUAUGUCAUCAUGCUUAUCUGCACCUAUUCCAGGUUUAGAAUCAUCAAAGGGCAAUGAUGGAAUUUCCUCAAUUGAUGAGUCAAAGGCGUUGACUUCAAGUGAACCGAUUUAUGAAGGUGAGGAACAUAUACAGGAGACGAGUACUACUGCAAAUUAUGAAAAUGGAGAGCCGAUGUAUGAAGGUGAGGUGGUUUUAGCAGAACAAGUGGACAAGGGCAAAGAUGGAAUUACUCCAAAACAAGGGGAACUGAUCAGGAAUUUUCUCAAGAAUAGUGCUAGUCAGUUGACUAUAUAUGGGUUGUUUUCAUUGCAAGAAGGUCUAAAAGAACGUGAACUUUGUGUGUUUUUCAGGAAUAACCACUUCAACACAAUGUUUAAGUUUGAGGGUGAACUAUACCUUUUAGCUACGGAUCAAGGGUAUAUUAGUCAACAUGAUUUGGUAUGGGAAAAGCUUAAUGAGGUGAAUGGAGAUUCAGUGUUUAUGACUGGUAAUUUUAAGGAAUUCAAUGCUGAAAGUCAGGAAUCCCACUCGUGGGAUGAACAGAAUGCAUUGGCUAAUACAGCUGACUAUCUUGCAAGCAUUGACAAUUCACCACAAGAGAACACGGGUUUUAACUCUGAUCUGCAAUUGGCUAUAGCUCUUCAGCAACAAGAAUUUGAGCAACAGCAACAACAACAACAGCCACCACAACCACAACAACCACGCAAUGACACAGCUGGAGAGUCGGGGUUUGUUACAGGUCCCCAGCAUGUGCAGCCAUCAAGGCCAAAGAGUUCAUCUUCAUCUUCAUCAUCGAAGCAGGAAUCAAAGUCAUCAAAGGAGAAGUGCACUGUGAUGUGAAGAAUUGGAGGUUUGUUUUGUAAAUGUGAAGAAUUGUAAUUUCAACGUGGUUUUAAGUUUUAACAUUUCCAAACAUUCAAAGUUUGAUUUGUUCAUGCAUGUCAUAUAUGAAGAUUAUUUACCUUUUUUCAUUUUGUUGUAAAGGAAGUUUUUCUAACAUAGCUUCUUAGUUUUCUUUAGUGUAAAUUACAUGAAUCGUAC